CUCUCUUCCUUCCACCUCCCUCCCUCUCUCUCCUUUUCAAACGACCUUUGUAUAAACCUUCAAUGGCGUAAGCAUACAGCUGAUUUCUGCCUUAAAUUAGGGUUAAAUUCAAGACCAACUUACUCUGCUGUACUUCUAGUUCCGCUCAAAUGUCUACAUUUGGUACCACUACCGCUUCCAACACGAAUCCAAACAAGUCCACUGAGGUUGUAUCGCCUCCUACUGAUGCUGUAUCAAGCCUUUGCUUCAGUUCCAAAGCGAAUUACCUUGUUGCAACUUCAUGGGAUAACCAGGUGAGAUGUUGGGAGGUAACCAAAAACGGAACUUCACUUACCACAGUGGCAAAGACAUCAAUGGCUCAUGAACAUCCGGUUUUAUGCUCGACAUGGAAGGAUGAUGGAACAACAGUGUUUUCUGGUGGCUGUGAUAAACAAGUGAAGAUGUGGCCAUUGUUGUCUGGUGGCCAACCAACAACUGUGGCAAUGCAUGAUAGUCCAGUAACUCAGGUUGCUUGGAUUCCUGAGAUGAGCCUUUUAGUAUCUGGAAGUUGGGAUAAAACUCUAAGGUAUUGGGAUUUGAGACAGCAGAAUCCAGUCCACACACAGCAACUGCCUGAUCGUUGCUAUGGACUUACAGUGAGACAUCCUUUGAUGGUUGUUGCAACAGCAGAUAGAAAUCUUAUAGCAUUCAACUUACAAAACCCUCAGGCGGAGUUUAAGAGAAUCGUCUCCCCCUUAAAAUACCAAACUAGGUGUGUUGCUGCCUUUCCUGAUCAACAAGGUUUCUUGGUGGGGUCCAUUGAAGGAAGGGUAGGUGUGCAUCAUCUUGAUGAACAACAAAGUAGUAAAAAUUUCACAUUUAAAUGCCAUAGAGAAGGAAAUGAAAUUUAUUCUGUCAAUUCUCUUAACUUCCAUCCUGUUCAUCAAACUUUUGCAACUGCAGGAUCUGAUGGUGCUUUUAACUUUUGGGACAAAGAUAGCAAACAAAGAUUAAAGGCAAUGUCAAGGUGCAAUCAAGCUAUACCUUGUAGUAGCUUUAACAAUGAUGGCUCCAUAUAUGCUUAUGCGGUAUGCUAUGAUUGGAGCAAGGGUGCGGAAAAUCAUAAUCCAUCAACAGCAAAAACCUCCAUUUACUUGCACUUGCCUCAGGACUCUGAAGUUAAAGGCAAGCCUCGUGCUGGGACAGUUGGAAGGAAAUGAAGAUGUGCUUUAUUUUUACAAUAGACCAAAUCUUUUUAUCAUUUUACAUUUUUAUUUUGUGGGUAUCAAUUGUAGGGAUCAGAUCCAGAAAAAAGAACAAAUAGAGUUUAAUAUUUUUGAAUAGUUAACUAGAUGUGGUGUU